GCGGCGGCGGCGGGCCCGGCACCCGGAAGAGCCGCCGACUCAGCGAGCUCAACAGGCGGCCGAGCGGGGCUGCGUCGUGUGGACCCGUCCCGGGAUGGACAAGCUGAAGAAGGUGCUGAGCGGCCAGGACACCGAGGACCGGGGCGGCCUGGCCGAGGUUGUUGAGGCAUCUUCAUUAAGCUGGGGUACCAGAAUAAAAGGCUUCAUUGCAUGUUUUGCUACAGGAAUCGUCUGCUCCCUGCUGGGAACUCUUCUGCUCUGGGUGCCCAGGAAGGGACUAUACCUCUUUGCAGUGUUUUAUACCUUUGGUAACAUCGCAUCAAUUGGGAGCACCGUCUUCCUCAUGGGGCCGAUGAAGCAGCUGAAGCGAAUGUUUGAGCCGACCCGUUUGAUUGCAACCAUCAUGGUGCUGUUGUGUUUUGCACUUACUCUGUGUUCUGCCUUUUGGUGGCAUAACAAGGGGCUCGCGCUCAUCUUCUGCAUUUUGCAGUCCUUGGCCCUGACAUGGUAUAGCCUUUCCUUCAUACCCUAUGCAAGGGAUGCUGUGAAGAAGUGUUUUGCUGCCUGUCUUGCAUAGCACGUGGUCAGUUGUGCAAGGCUUUGGAAGGCGCCGUGGACGGAAGCUGGUGGACAGUUCUGUAAAUACUUUCUAAACCUCUGUCUUACAGACACGUGCCUUUUCUCUUGCAGCAGUGUGUUGCUUGUGAUCUGAACAUUUGAGGGUUGCUUUUGGAGGCAAUGUUGUGGUCCCAAACCCAAAUGUCUAUAGCACGGUAUGAGAGGUGGGUUCUGUAUCUCAUGGGGUAGAUUAUUCCUCAUGCACCUGUUCCCUCUUUAGAUGAAGUGUUCUACUGAAAUCUUCUAAAUAAAAACCUUGUUCAGCAGCCACAGGUCAGCUUGGGAGUCAGGGCUCUUCUGGGGGUGACAGGUGGCCCCAUUAGAGCUGGCAGGGGUAUGGCCGUAAGGGACAGGGUUUUGGGGUCUGCGGGGACUUUGUGGACUUGCCCUCAGCAUGGAGAACCUUCCCCCGCCUCACCCAGUGUGGACGUGCUUCUGCUCUGGGGUCUGCCCCCUCCACCCCGCCGGCAGCUGCACACAAGCCCGUGGAGAGCCUGCUCGUAGAGUGACCUGGGAAAGGAGCACUUUUUGGGGAUAUGUGCACGUUGGCUUUAUUGUUCUUCUGAUUCCACACUUGACGAUGGAAUGUAUCUUCUGACAUUCCAUGCACUCUUUUUCUCUCGGGGUUUUCUUUCUUUCUCCCCUAACAUGUAGCUUUUCUCACGGCCUCCUGGAACUGGACUGGGGACGAAGCAUGUCCCACGUUGUGGGACAUGAGGUCAAGGUGCCUUUUGAGAUGUCACCGGGGCUGUGUAGCAUAGUGGUAGUGGGUGUGGGCUUUGACGGCACACAGGUUUGGGCGUGAGUUGUGGUUCGGUCACAUACUGGUGUCAGAACAGACACUUUGCUUUUGCACAAGAGCUGAUGGGAGGGAAAAGUCUUGCUGCUUUCCACUCUUUUUUUUUUCCCCAUUAUUUAUUAAUGUUGCUUUUAAACUGAUUCUGUUUUCCAUUCUCCCCUGGAACGGGGCCAGGGUAGAGCGAGUGGGAAGGCAGAGCCCGUUGUGGGGCCCGCGGGAAGGAGGCACGCCUGCCCGGUGACCUUCCAGCAGUGCCAGGGUUUCCAGCGGAGCCCACGCCACAGCACCGGGGGCGGGACGCUGUGGGCGGCAGGGGGCGUGCAUCGCAGCCCCUGCCUCACAGUAUACGGUGCUUUGUGCCCGGGAUUCUGUCUGGGCGCACGAGAGCCUGGUGACGAAGUGGCGAUGGUUCUCUCACUGGGCAGUCAAAGAGAUCAGGCUCAGAGAGGUCAGCAGAUUCCCUCAAAGCCACGGUUGGUGGCAGAACGGGGCCCGGAGUCUGGGCGCCCCAGCUUCAGUCCCCUCCGUGCCCCCGUGUUUCCUGGCGUGGCUCCGGAGGCGCCUCCUCUAACUGUGCUGCCUGUUCUCAUCAGCCAAGCCUGUGCCUUUUCUGCUCCCAAUCUCUUUACGUCGCUGCACUGUCUCCUGCCCAGUUUCCCUUUUGGGAUGCUUCCUCCUGGUUCUGUAGGCUCUCCGUUGUUCAUUUGUGUGCCCUUGUAGCUCCUCCUUGCUGCCUGACCAGCAUAAAUGCCCUAUCUUGAUUGCCAGAGUUCUUGGCAUUGCGGGUCCUCUAAAGCAGCCCCAUAAGUGAAAUCUCUUUGGGGUUGCCUUUCUGUUCCUUACCCAGGUCUAGCUGGCCCACUCGGGUUCUUGCUCUGGAACCUCCACACCAAAGGCUGUGGUCCACGUGUCGUCUCCUUGCUUGUGGCCAAUUGCUAAGUUCUUUCUCCUGUUGCAGCUGACCGGCCAGCCUUUUCCUCUGAGCUGCGGAGCUGUGAGCAGGUCUGAGAGGGCCAGAGUGAGGAGGCAGUCUCACCGGGUCCUCUCUAGGCUAUGGAGGGCACCCUGGCUUAUCCUGAGGUUCCUAACCUGCCUUCAGCCAGGAAGGGAAAUUAUGUGCUACCCUCUGGCUUUUGUGGAGUUCUUUUACAUCUGAGGCGCCCCUAGGAGAUAGCUCAGAUCUUGGAGGCGCUCUAGAAAGGGGCCCAAAGGAGGUCCGGAGUGUCUGUCAUGCCCUCUCUUAAGAGCGGGUGUGGGGCUAGCCUGUCUCUACGAGGUCCAGCCAGCCUGGAGUAACUAGACGGCUGAACCCUCUGGCCCUUUGCAAUGUCUGGGCUUGACAUUGUGGGACAUGAGGUCGAGGUGCCUUUUGAGGUGUCACCGAGGCUGUGUAGGAUAGUGGUAGUGGGUGUGGGCUUUGACGGCACACAGGUUUGGGUGUGAGUUGUGGUUCGGUCACAUACUGGUGUCAGUUUGAGCAAGUUACUUAAGCUCUGGCUCCUCCCUUUAAAGACAACAGAGGUAACAGCUCCUGCUGGAUCACUGUCCAUCAGUGAGCUGUGUGUCAGGUGCUUUGCCUGGAGCCCAGGGAAUGCAGACGAUAUCUCAGGAAAAGGAAGGUAUUAUUAUUACGUCCCAGAAGUAACCGAUGACCUUUGAAGGUGACAGGUGAAUGUCUCUGACCAUUAACUUAUCUACAAAAUAUGUAUCUAGCAUUAUGUGUCCAGCACAGUAGCGUUGCCAUGCCUGGUCUCAUUUAAUAUUCACAGUGACUUUGCAGGCUGGUGGUCCUGUUUCCCUUACUGAAGAGGCGAACAGCCUCAGGGAGGGUAGGCGUCCCUCCAGAUCUCACCAGUAGAGGGCGGUGGUUCUUGCGUUAAAGUGCCUGCUUUGCCCUAACGCCCGGCCUGUGGCCAGUUUGCACAGACUGCUCCAGUCAGGACACCGGGCAGCUUUUGGAUGAUCCUGCCGUUCGGGAUCUUCCAGACUCCUGCAUUUCCCUUCUGCCAUCUCACCCUUUGGCUUUCCCUACUUGUUUUUGCCUCCUGCAUGGUGGGAGGAAGAAAUCCAUGUUAAAGCUGCUGAAAGCUGUUACCAGGCAACAGUGCUAGUUUGCAAGCACCGUGGUGGGCGAGAGAGUGGGGAAUUAGGGUUCAGACCCUGCGGCUGGCAGGCUGGCAGUCCCAUCUUGGUUUCCUGCAACACCCCCCCCUCCACUUCACUGCUGGGGGAAGGAGAGGUCGUUGCAUUUUUGCAAUGGAAGGAAUCAUUCAGGCGACUCUUGCACUGCAGCAUGCUCCCCGGAGGUGAGGUGGUGCCUCCAGCUGCAUGUGAGCAGUGCCCCAAGCACCACGCUUCCCUCUGUGGGUACUGCGUUGGGCGCUGCGCCUCUCCCCAGGCCCAGACAGCUGUCUCCCGGGCCUUGGAGCCUGCUGUGUGACUCCCUGCCGCCCAUGUCCCUACCUAGGAGGUUCCCCUUCUGCUGACCGUGCUCACGGGCAACUCUGGCUGCCACAUCCUGUGUGGGGCCAUGCCCCUGGCCGCUGCUGCCCAGGCCCAGCUGGAGGUUCCGUGGGAAAGUGGGACAUCAUCCCCCGUGGGGCAUUUCCACUGGGUUGAUGAUCUCAGUGCUCCAUCAUUCUGUAUGGGGACUUCCGGGGGUGGGACAUCCCCCGACUGCCACCUCCCUCCUACCCUAAUGGUAUGCUCAGGGAGCAGGACAUAAAAUCAUGAAGUGCAUCUAAAUAAAUUCCUUUUGGACACUUGCAUUGGAAAAGAUGAUUAAGAAGUGGGGUAUACCUUGAAGAAAGGGUGUGGGAAGUACUGGUUUAGCUGCUUCUGCUUUUGACAGCUCCAGGAGAGUGACAAGUGUGGCAGUGUGACGUUCGGGGCAGUGGAUUAGGAAACUGAGCUCAGCCCGUGGCCGUGUGUUCCCUUUUCUGUGGGGCAGCCCGUACCAGGCCCGCCUCACCUUCUCUUCCUUCAGAUGUCUGACUGGAGUCAGCUGCAGGAUUACAAACUAGUUAAAAAUUCACAACCCACCGUUGACCCUCAUUUUCAGCAAAUAACUGAAAAAAACUCAAUUUUUGAGUUUUUUUUAAUUUUAAAAUUUAAGACUUUUUAGGAUGUUUUAAGGGUUAGUUUUUUGCAGAUAGCAGUUUUUAAAAAGGUAACAGACCCACAACUGAAGUUAAAUAUAGAUUUAUAUCUGAAACUCUUGAUAAGAUAUAAAAAAAUUUAGAUUUAGAAUUUUAUUUUUUUGGAAAUUCUUAUUUAAAAAGUUAGUUGGGAGGUUAAAUCAUGUGACUUUAAAGUACCUUCUAAUUCAUAGUUUAUGAAUUUUAUGAAAUUCUGUGAUCUUGAGCGUUUUCAGUCAAGUAAAGAGAAAACUGUUGUGCACUUCAUUUGAUCCCAGUUCCCUCAAAGAUGGGCUACUUAGUUCCACUUUGGGCUAUUUCCAGUUCUACCCCAAAGGCAUAGGUGACACUCCCAGGUCCCUGGUACACUUAAGCUUUGUUGUGGGGUGCUCAGGUUUCUGUUGCACAGAAAGGCCUCGUGAAGCUUGGGCAGAGAUCUCGCACUAGAGUUUGUGAGCAUAGCUCAGUGAGGCAACCCUUUGCUAAUGUACAUUGACCACAUAAAAUUCCAUUCUUCCGAGCGGAGCCCAUACACUAAUAAUGGGCUUAGAAAUGCACAAAAUUUUUCUCUGGAUGGGAUGAGCUGAGAGCAGAGAAGAUUGAGUUCGCUAGGCAGGUGCUAUAUCGUCCUCUCGUGGACCAGACUUGGCUAUUUGAAAUGAAAAAUCCAUCCACAGCAUUGUAGUAAACAGCUAAUGCUGAGGUGCGUGUUCACGACAUGUGUUGUAAACACGUGUUUACUACAUGUGAUAAAUAGUAUGAAAGAACCCCAUGCAUCACAGACAAACAUUCCCUGAUAUAAGUGGGCUGCCUGGGCCUUGUGAGGUAUCCUCUACGACCAAAUGAAGAUUGGUAUCUAGGCAGAAUGUUUUCUGUCGAACUUCCGUACUGCCGGUAAUGAGCCUUAUUCUAAGUACAAGCAACUUGUAUUUGUAACAUACUCUAAAGGAGAAGCAUGGUUUACAUUCAAUUUUGCAGUCUUUCUGCUAUGAGAAUGUUUAUUUUGCUUUUUUCAGUCUGUUUGCUUGAUGUAGCCACUUUGAACAAGGAAAGGAAAAAUUUAAAAUCCUCUCAACUCUUAUUUUGCUGCUUUUGUAAAUUCUGAUGGUGAAGUUGGGGAUAAAGAUGUUCAAAAGCCCAUGGAGAAUUUACAUGCCUUCAGAACAUUGUGCCUGUUCUAAUAUGAUGAGCUUUUAAAAAAUACUUUGUUAAAACAUGAAUCAGUUUUUGUAAUUGUACAGAGAUAUUCAACUAAUUUUGAAUGCUGGUGAUUGUAUAACUGAAUUUUGUAUAUCCAAAAAUAUGUUCUUGUGUGCUACUUUUCCUACCUUGAGAUUCUAUUUCAUACAACGAAUGUUUUCUUUUUACUGAUGCAUUUCAAAGAGAAAGAAUUUUGCUGGUAAUUAAGCUGUUUUUUCCCCCAAGACGUCAUAAAACUGCU